AUGCUUCGCCGACCUUCUUCCUCCAUCUUUUCCAUCGUUGUGAGCAACAACAGCACACGAGCCUCAUCGCUUCAAACACUCGUGAAAUCAUCAUCAACAACAACAACAACUAGUACUAGCUCUGUCCGAAACUAUGCACUUCCUAAAAAUCCAACCCCACAAGAAGAAAAUUACAUGAUAGAAGCAAUCAAAGACUAUGUCCGACCUGUAAACAAACCUAGAAUUCCUAAAACACCACAACAAUUUAAAAAGGAUGAAAUGUUAGCUAAUUCAUGGUCAUCUCUAAAGAGAAUUUUGACAGAGAAGGCUCGCAACGAUAACAAGAGAAGAGUAAAAUUGAAGAAGGCAGCACUUGAUGCUCUUCCAAAAGAAUUGAGAGCGGAAGCAGAGAAAAUUGAUUGGAGUCUAAUUCCAAUACAGCUUGGUGUUCAACCACACAAAGAUUUGCCUGUACAACCUGGAUACAAACCACCAGAAGAACCACUCAACAUUGAGGUUUAA